UGUUCACAGACUGUUGUUUUAGUGGCGUUUUUUUCUUACCAAUAUUCGUGAUAUUGCAGUUAUUAUCAAGGAAAAUAGUCGUUUUUUUUAUUUGUAAGUGUCGUGAGCCCAUUAAUUAAAGAAAGAUAGAUAACGAGAAGAAACUUGGAGACGGUGUGAAAAGUGGGGACUGAAUAUAACCAGGAGCGGUCAGAAAUUUCAGUCCCCCCCCCCCACUACAUGAAUUGUUUGGAAAAACUAAGACGUAACAAAGAUAGAAUUUUGGCUGUCUUUGGAGGAUUUUUAAUUUAUGUCUGUCUGGGGUAUUACCUUACGUUCGGUAAUAUGACUACUUAUAUGACCUCCUAUCUCAAACUUCGAGUGGAUGAAAGCAUCACCUACACUCGGUCUUUGUGGAUUCUAAGCACGUGCAUAAUCGGCAGAGGUUUUAUUACAGUGCUUGGUGGAUAUUUAGAACAGAAGAUAGGAACACGAUGGCCUGUAGCGAUUGGUUGUUUAUUUUUCAGUUUAUCUGUGUUCCUGACGGCAUGGUCAAUAAAAGCUGGAUUUGGAGCCGUCGUUAUAGUUUACGGAUUGCUACAAGGUUUCGGACUGGGAUUAGACUAUAUCCCACCUCUUGUGACACCAGUAAAGUGGUUUCCUGAAAAGAGUGGUCUUGCUACCUCUUUUAUCUCCUGUGGGUUUGGUGUUGGUCCUCUCAUAUUUAACAACGUUAUAACAUCUUAUCUGAAUCCAAAGAACGUUUCACCGAAUGAAGAUGGCUACUUUACGGACGAUGAUUUGCUAGACAGACUUCCCUAUGUUUUGCUGAUUUUAACGGGACUAUUGGUUUUAUUUCAAGUCACGGCUUGUAUCUUGCUAAAACCACACCCGGAUUUCGAUAAAAACAAAAAUCCAUUUCGUCGUGGAAUAAGAAAUAAAAAUUCUAAAAAAAUAAAAAGUAGUCUCAAUAAAAAUUUAACAACAACAACAAUUUGUAGUGAUGGAACUAUCAACGACAACAGUAUUAACCGACCAGAUGAUGUAACGUUGAUAAAAUUUAACCGAAAUAAUUGUUCAGUUGAGACACGUUCAUCAACUCUUUACAAUGAAAGUCCAAUUCAGACUCCAUCUAGUGUCAACAAGACAAAGCAACAUGUUCAGACAUCCCCAGGGAAUUCGGAAGGCAAAGAUAUGGCCAUUUUGGUUUCUUCAAACGAUGAAUACAAGAAUAAAGAACUAAAUCAACAGGAUUUUGUAACAGCUUCUGGUUAUGAUGACAACAACCACACCGAGUAUCUCACAGUAAAAGAAGCUUUGAAGAAAAAAGAAUUCUACAUUAUGACGAGUUUUUUGUUUCUCCAGUAUUGUUUAAGUUCUUAUUUUAGUUCUCUUUAUAAGGUAAUUCAAUGUAACUUCCGUUGAACAUUUAAUAAAAGAAAUUU